UUAGGAAAAUGCUGAUGAGCAGCUGCGAAUUUCCAAAACUUUUUGUACCAAAACUUCCUAUCUUUUAGAAAGUCUAUCGCAAACAGAGGAAUUAGAGCGGCACAAACUCUCUGGUUGAGAUAUUAAGAUGAGCGCAGACACUGUGGAGCAGUCGGAGGCUCCAGCUAAACAGACAGAACGAAAUGGGAUAGACUUCAAUCUUCAAAUAAAAACAGAGGAACUCAAUGAUUCACCUCAUUCAGCCUCUUCGCUGAAGACGGCAUGUCUGUCACAGACCUCUCCGGUCCAUGGAGGUCAGAUGAGUGGGGAGCUCACAUCCUUGCAUCCCAUGCAGCAGCUGGUCCUGAUGCCGCCCACUCACCUGUCAUCGCCCUCACCCUUCCUGCUUUCCCAGAGUCCCACCAGCCAUCAAGCUCUCCUGCAGCAGAACCUGCUCUCUCUUCCAAGCCCGAGUCAGAGCGCUCUUCUUCAGCAUCAGUCUGGCCUGGCUCUGACUCCACAGGCUAUGAGCCGUUCUGGUCUCGGCGGGUCUUCCAUGGAGAACCACAUGGACAUGGCUCACCUGCAGAUACCCAAACACCUGUCAGUACAGACACAGGAUGAACCCAGUGAUCUGGAGGAACUGGAGCAGUUUGCCAAAGCUUUCAAACAAAGACGCAUCAAGCUAGGAUUCACUCAGGGAGACGUCGGCCUCGCCAUGGGGAAACUGUACGGGAAUGACUUCAGCCAGACGACAAUCUCUCGAUUUGAAGCUCUCAAUCUCAGCUUCAAAAACAUGUGCAAGCUCAAACCUCUGCUGGAAAAGUGGCUGAGCGAUGCAGAGAACUCCCCGUCUGACUCCAUGACAAGUUCAAGCUCCCUGCCGCCCCUGAUGGAAGGCUACGGACGCAAAAGAAAAAAGAGGACAAGCAUUGAAACGAACAUAAAGAUGACUCUGGAGAAACGUUUCCAUGAUAACCCCAAACCCAACUCAGAAGAGAUAAGCCUGAUUUCCGAGCAGCUGUCCAUGGAGAAGGAGGUGGUUCGGGUUUGGUUCUGUAACCGUCGUCAAAAGGAGAAGAGGAUCUACUGUCCUGUGGCGACCAUCCCCGUCAAGUCUCACAGCUACAACUCCAGGAUGGCUGCAACAUCCCGCUCCUUCAGUCCUCUGGCCUCAGGAGGAGUAUCGUCGAAUUCCUCUCCGAACAGUGGAAGCCGUGAACCUUCUCCUAACGGUCUUUCCACGGCUUCUAUCACUUCUCAGAUCAACCCAGCUUCCUACAGCUCACCAGGACCCUGGUACCGCACAUGGAAUUCCACUGCAUAUCAUCACUGAGAUAAACUGCAUCAUGUUCGGCUUUUUGAAGAGGAGUUCGGCGGGGAUGAAGAGUUUUAGAAGAUUUCCCCUGUUUUGAACCAGUUUACCAUGAUAAAGCUGAGAGGGAGACGCUCCGUAGGGCAGAGCAUCACUGAUGACCACACUUCAUCAGCCUUCAUUCAUGCCAUCACCUGCAGCCUCCAGCUGCUCCAUUCAUCAAUCUGUGGUCGCUCUUAUUUUGAAAAGACAUUUAAAGGCAGUCGUUUCCUUGUUUAUCCUAUAUAAACAGGGACCACAUUUUGUGAAGUUACAUUCAUGCCUUUGUUGUUACAAGUCUUUAUACUUUAGGAUUUAAGAAAAUAGUCUUUGGAGAUUAAAGAGAAAAAAAGGACAAUCUAAAUUAUGCAAACUUAUUUUCCGGCUGAACAAACUAUAUCAUUUCAAGAGAAAGAAUAAACUUUCAGGAGAAGAAUCAAUUUUGUAGCCCAGAGAUGGGUAGCUUAAAUUCAUUGAAACUCUGCACUCCUACUUCUUUUUGUGAUAAAUGUGAGGUUGGUCAUUUAACAUUUGAUGUUAUGACACUAAUCUGACUGAGAUGCUGUCGGUAGACUGCAAAGGAGAAGUAAAAAGACGAAAAAAAUCUGUUAGUGGUCCAAUUCUAAAAUAUUUGUCAAUUAUUAUUCUUUAUUCAAUGAUUCUGCUUUUCUAGUCUAGUUUUUGUCAAAUACAUAAAUGUACAAAUAUUUGUUCUAUCGUUCAUCUGCCAUUUGUUUACCUCAUUUAAACGUUUCUGACACUGUGUGGUUUUGAAAAUGUCUGAACCUUUGAGAAGUAAAAGCACAAAAAUAAGGGAGGUUUGGAUUCGUUUUUCCUACUUUUAACUACAACUUUACUAAAAGUGUAUAUCUUUCUGUUCUCUGGGCGUCAGUAACCUAAUUUUUAUAGGUAAUAUGGAGGAUGUUUGUGCUCAUGUUCUAUUGCUCUAUGUCACAUUAUGUAAUGAAAUUUGUGCUCAUCCUGGUCCACCUUGAUACCUGCUGGUUGCCAGUUUUAAUCCCCCUUCAGGAAAAAAAAGCCUCACCUUUUAAAAAUGAAAACAUGUUGAUUUGCUUUUUAUUUUGUAAAUAUUGUAAUUUGAGCUGGAGUGGUUUCAACUCAAAUGAUGCAUUUAACGGUUAAAAUGAAAUUUACUGCAUCAAACAAGAUUAAUUCAAUCUUCCUUAAGUGCUGUUGGGAAUUAGGCAGUGUGUACUUAUUAUUUUAUUUCAGAAAUUUGGAGUCCUGACAGUCUAAAAUUUGCUGACUACCUCUCAGAUACUGUAUUUAUGCUACAAUUUCAACCUAAAAUCUUCAAUGCAGGGCAAAAUAAAAGACCUAAACUGUAAUGAAUUCGAGACAAGCAUGAACAGACCAUGUUGAAACUAAAACAGCAUUUUCAAAGUGAUUACUGUUAAAUUCAAUUACAAACAUCCUUACAUGAUGUUGGUCUAAAAUUUAAAAUAAUUAACUUGAUUAAACGGAAUAUAACCACUUGUUUGAGUUUGCAGAUGAUCUGCAAACUCUAAAAAAUUGACACAAAGUUUGGAAUUUGUUUUUCGGUAAGGGGUUGCCUCUGUUCAUCUUAAUGGGCUCAGUCAGGGAUGAGUGUUUAAAAUGUUCGGCCUUUUUCACGAACGGGUUAUAAUCUUUGGAUAAAGAUUUCCAUACAUGGUCAGUUUCCUACAGCUCCACUAUGAGUUUUUAAAAGAAAAUUCCCUCCAUCUGUGUAAAACAUUACUGUAAUGGUUACAACUUUAACUGGUUUUAAAAAAAAGACACACAAUCUCUGCUUUUUUUUCUCAAAUUAAAUGCUCAACAUUUUCUUGAAUACAGGUAAUUAACGAAUGGAAUAUCUCUGAAUGGAGAAACAGUUUUGCAGAAAUAAGGAGCAAACUUUACCAAAACUAUUUUUAUUAGGACUUUUUUCACAAUACAGGUGCAAGUUAGUCAUAAAAAUUAGGCCCAAAAAGAGCAAGAAAACACAAAACCAAACUUUUAACUUAAAAUAAAUGUCAGAGUUUUUGAUUUUCUCUAUCAAGCCAUUUCAUUUACUUCAUAUUUACAAUUCUUUGUCAAGUUUCAGGUAUCUUAUCAGUUGACUGUUUUGUGGCCCUUUGUUUAACCCAUUUUUGAGUGCUUAUUGUAUAUUUGAUCAAAUGUUGUGCUUAAAUGUAAAGAUCUGUUGAAUAAAAACAGUGACUUUAAAUGCAAAAUGUUGGCAUUUUCUGGUACAGAAGGAGUUUUUUGAUUAAAUAACUAAUAAAAAGAAAUCAAACACAAUGAA